AAAAAAAUGGGGAUAACAGAAUUUGAUUUGCAACCUCUUAAAUAAAUCAAAGUGCCAGCUGAGUAUGAGAACGAUGUAUAAUUUUACACUGAAGCAAUAAUGAGGUAGCAUGAAAAAAAGAGACAAAGAUUAUUACUCGAAUACAAUGAAUUAUUAAAUUUCAAAUAAGUUGAAAGCCCUAAAGACCCAAAAUCUACAGUCUAAAAUGAGAAAUAAUUGGAUGUUGAGAGUUCUAAAAUAAAUGAGAAGUUGAUUAAGGUAAAAAAGAUAUCUCAAGAGAAACGUGAACAAUAAUUGUUAUUAUACUCUCAAAAAGAAUAACUAAUAGAAUCUCGUCGAAAAUAAAUUAGUAGUGAAAGAGAGUUUAGAGCAUACCAAAAAGAAAUUUUAGAAACAUCUCGAAUGGAAUAAGUUUAUCGAAAUAGAGCGUAGAUAUAAAGAAAAGCUUAAGAUUAAUAAGAAAAGCGCAAAAUGAGUUAUGAUGCCAGAAUAUAAAAGUUGUAAUUAUAUAAACAAGCUCAUUAAACAACUCCCAGAAAAACCAGGUUUUAUGAAACAAUUGCUCGAUAUUAAAAAAGUGUUGAGGAUAGAAAAUUAUAAGAUAAGGAAAGGUUAAGAAAAUUGGAAGAAAGUUUAGAAAAAGCCAAUUCAAAGAAAUCCUCAAAUAUCAUAGAAAUAAAAAGAAAAGGUUUGCUUGAAUAACUAAAACUUGAAGAUGUACUAUUCAAUAGAGAAAGAUAAUGGCAUGCAAAAUAAAGUCGAUUGCUAGAAAAAUUACAAAUAAAAACUGAGGUAAUGAGGCUUAAUUAGAGCGAACCUAAAAAAAAACCAUAUCCCUUUCCAAAAUUUCUCUCUCAUAAGGAUCAAAGAAAAGAAAACUCUAUUUUAAUAGCUCGUUUUGCCUCCGAAAUUGUUGAUUAAGUUGAAAAAGUUAGUAUCCAUGACUUGGAGAGUAAACUACUAGAGUUGAGCUCGGCCUAAGACAAAAUACAAACAGAUUAAUUUGUUAAAACUAAUUAUUUGUUUUUAUAUAACUGA